AGGAGGAGAGGGGGGGCUGAUCGGGGCGGGCUCAAGCCUUUCUUCAAACUCAAUAUUUUAUACUUUUGAUACUCCCUGACGGUGGAAUUCAUUCCUCUUUUCCCGGCCGAUCCCAGAUCUAGGACACCGCUGAGCCAUCAGUGCUCAGCCAUCCACGGUGUAAUAAAAAAAAGUAUCCAGCGGACUGCAAAAAAUACAACAAACAGCGCGCCGGACAGAUUGAUAUCGGGAGUACAGUUAGGACGGCGGCGGGGAGCGAGUACAGUGGAUGAUCGGAGGGAAUUUAUACAGCUCAACGGCCUCUUAGAGACGCGUGCAAGAAGUACGUUUUCUAUCUGAUCAAGCAUUUUGCAACAAGAGCGCUCCAGAUCUAUGAGAGGAGCCCAGGCGGUCUGAACUCCUUCAAUGGAUCUACCCGAAGACGCAGCAGCUCCUUUUUCAUCUUCCCCGACAGGCACUUUUGCUCCGCUGCAGGACCCCGCUCUCUGAAACAUGGAUCCCCGUGAGCAUCUCCCACCCAACUCCCUGCAACAUUAUGGUAAAAGUGCACGCUGAGAUUCAUCUCUGUAACGGUAUCCGCCUAUCUUUUCCUGGGGAAGGCAGACGUCCCAUGAAACAAACUUUCUCCCCUCUCUCAGUUCUCCUGGGGGACGUCAGUAUUUGUCAGGCGACACUGAGUGAAAGCUGCAGAUCCACUUGUCCCAUCACCUGGGGGAUUUGAAUAAAAAAACAAGAGUCAAGUCCUUUUUAACGUCGUGUAGUGGUCAGAAUGCUCACUCUCACCGUGUGAUCACCGCUCCAUGCGCUUUACCUCUCAUCUGAGCUCUGUGCCCCCCUCACCCUGUGUCGGACCCUGCUCCAUACACCCCUCCCCAGUCCUGCAAUGCUCCUUCGGGCAGCGUUGUUGCUGUUGCUGCACUGUUUGGCCUCCACCCUCGGCCAGUACAACAUGUGCAAGUCCCUAGUGAGCACGGACGAAGGCUCGGUGUGGGAGCAUUACGCAUGCCAGCCCAGUCCCGCGUCCAUGAAAGACUACAUGCGGAUCAAGGUGGAUCCGCCUGGAAUCACGUGUGGAAAUCCACCCGAAAGGUUCUGCACUCUGGAGAACCCAUACUUGUGCAGUGACGAGUGUGAUGCCUCCAACCCAGACCUGGCCCACCCUCCUCAGUUGAUGCAGGACCGUGAACGCAACGGCCUAAUCACCUAUUGGCAGACAGUAACCUGGGGUCGACACCCAGAGCCCCUGCUGGCCAACAUCACCAUGUCUUGGAACAAGAGUCUGGAGCUCACAGAUGAUGUCCAGAUCACGUUUGAAUACGGCCGUCCCACAAUUAUGGUUCUGGAUAAGUCCAUGGACCACGGGCGUUCCUGGCAACCCUACCAGUUCUAUGCUGACGAUUGCCAAGACGCCUUCAACAUGCAGCCCAAACGAGUGCGCGAACUCUCGCCUACAAACCUCACACGGGUCAUUUGCACUGAGCAGUACUCACGCUGGGUCGGCUCCAAGAACGACAAGAACGUGAAGUUCGAGGUGAGGGAGCGCUUUGCUGUGUUUGCAGGCCCCCGGCUGCAGAACAUGGACAACCUGUACACCCGCAUGGAAAGUAUGAAGGGACUGAGGGACUUCUUUACCUUCACCAACCUGAGGUUGAGGCUGCUGCGGCCUGCGCUCGGAGGCACCUAUGUCCAGAGAGACAACCUGCUAAAGUACUUCUACGCAAUCUCCAACAUUGAGGUUCCUGCCAGGUGUAAGUGUAACCUCCACGCCUCCCAGUGCCUGCUGAUUGAAGGGAACCUCCAGUGCCAGUGUGAACACAAUACCACUGGGCAGGACUGCCAGCGAUGCAAGAAGGGCUUCAAAGCCAAGUCCUGGAAAGCAGGUUCCUACCUGCCUCCACCAACUGGAACCCCCAACACCUGUACAAUUGCUGGUUCCCCCUCCGGUUCUAAUAGGCAAGGAGGUGAAAAGGAGGUUGAAGCUGAGACUGAAGCAACAAUCGUAUCUGAAGAUGAAUGGUCGCAGGCUGUUACAAAUGCUUUUGGAGCUUCUUUGGAAGAUAAUUCAAACCUUAACAUCCCUGCUGCUGAAGUUGGAAACUCACUUGUCAGUUCUCUAAACAGUCAUCAUUUUGAUAUAAGUAAAGACAGCAGAGCUCCAGCAGGAGAAAGCAAAUUUACAGAGAGCUCAGUUCCUCAAACGCACCACGCUUUAUCCACCAGCACCUUAUCUGGGCCUCCGCUGGUACCAAUGGGACAAUCUGACACACUUCCUGUCAGAACAGAGAUUCAUCCUCCUUCCUCGUCCUCUCUGCCGGGGGAACACAGAGUUUCCCCAACAACACGGGAGUUCACUCAUUCAGAAACAGUCCCUGAACACUCACAUGCGUCUCAUCUUGUCCCAGAAGGUUCCUUUCAUCACUCUGUCAGUAAUCAUCAUCAUCACCAUACAGCCAUAAAGGAGUCCAAUGUCCAAGUUCAGCAUCAUUCAAGCUUAACUGAAGGAGGGGUCCACAGGUCUGGAGAAUUCCAACACAAGACUUACGGCCACAAACCAACAUCUUCACCUGGACAUGAAGGGAGGAGGGAGGAGGAGGAGGAGGGACAUGCAGAGGCAAAAGACCUCCACAAGUCUGAAGAGUACACACAUGAAACUGGUGGCCACAAAAUACCUUCGUCUGUGCAUAGAGAACAUGUUGAAAUGAAAGGUGAGUCAGACCCUCAUGCAUCUAUGGGACACAUGCUAGAGACUCAUGGACAUAAAACAAAAACCUCCACUGGGCAUGAGGAAGACAGCAACGAGACUGAAAGAACAGUUUUUGAGGAAGAGGCACAUCAACCGCAUGGCCACAAAACACCUACCUCAUCCGAGCCACACGGGGAGAAACGUCAUGAGCAGGAACAUGAAAACAUAAAAGCUCACACUAGUUACGAAGAAAAAGUACAUCAGUCUCAUGGCCACAAAGCAACAACCUCAUCAGAACAUGGAAAGGAGCAGGGUGAAAAAAACACAGAAAGGCAAGUCUUCCACAACCACGAGAACCACGGACACAAAACAAGCUCAGUGGGGAAUGGGCAGGAACACACUGACGAGAUAGACACAAAUGGGCACGAAAGUAAUGUCCACGUUAAACCCGCUGGUCAUGAACAGGAGGAGCAUCCAGGCAGAACAGCUAAAAUCAAAGUCUCCCAUACGCCUCAGCAACAGUUUCAUGAAACUCAUGGUCACAAAGCUCCUUCUCAGCAAGGCUACAACACAUCUGGGGAACAUGCACAUGGGGCUCUUAAGCAUCAAACAUCAUCUCAUCAUGGGGAGGAGCACAGAGAAAGACAAGCUGAAAGAAAAGACCAGCACACAUCUGUGGAAUAUGCACAUGUAAUUCAAAGUCAAGCAUCAUCUCAUCAUGGGGAGGAGAGAAAAGCUGUUUCAGUCCCCCACGAGUCUGAUGGACACAUUCAUGAGAUUCACAGCCAUAAAACAUUAACUUCGUCUGAAUACGAGACAGAUAAGGGAAGUCAUAGUAAUACUCAAAAGACAGUCUCCCAGAUGCAUGAGGGGCACGGACAAAGCCACAAAACAACAGCCUCACAUGGACACGGAGAAGACGGGCAUGGACACAAUAAAGUAGAAAGGACAGAUCCUCAUGAGUCUCAGACCUAUGUAUAUCAUGGAAACAAAUCAACUACCUCACAUGGACAUGGAGAGAUGGAGCAUAAACACAGAAAGGUUGAAAGUACAGAUCCCCACAAGUCUAGCGGACAUGUACAUGGUAGUCAUGGUCACAAAUCAGCAACCCCACAUGGACAUGGAGAGGAGGGGCAUGCACACACAAACAUUGAAAGGACGGAUCCUCAUGAGUCUCAGACCUAUGUACAUCAUGGCCACAAAUCAACUACCUCAUAUGGUCACGGAGAGACGGAGCAUACACACAGAAAGGUUGAAAGUACAGAUCCCCACAAGUCUAGCGGACAUGUUAGUCAUGGUCACAAAUCAGCAACCCCACAUGGACAUGAAGAAGAGGGGCAUACACACACAAACACUGAAAGGACAGAUCCUCAUGAGUCUCAGACCUAUGUACAUCAUGGCCACAAAUCAACUACCUCACGUGGACAUGGAGAGAUGGAGCAUACACACAGAAAAGUUGAAUGUACAGAUCCCCACAAGUCUAGCGGAUAUGUGCAUGGUAGUCAUGGUCACAAAUCAGCAACCCCACAUGGACAUGGAGAGGAGGGGCAUGCACACACAAACAUUGAAAGGACAGAUCCUCAUGAGUCUCAGACCUAUGUACAUCAUGGCCACAAAUCAACUACCUCACAUGGUCACGGAGAGACGGAGCAUACACACAGAAAGGUUGAAAGUACAGAUCACCUCAAGUCUAGCGAACAUGUACAUGGUAGUCAUGGUCACAAAUUAGCAACCCCACAUGGACACGGAGAGAUGGAGUAUACACACAGAAAAGCUGAAACUACAGAUUCUCACGUGUCUCACACUCAUGAACAUCAUGAUCACAAAGCACCAAUCUCACGUGGGCAUGGAACAGCAGAGGAUUCGCACCGAAACUUUGAAAAGACAGAUUCUUUGGAGUCUCAUGGACAUGUCCAUGGAUUUGGUCAGACCCAUGGUCACAAAUCAGCAACCUCACAUGGAAACGGAGAGGAGGAGUAUCCACACGGAAAAAAUGAAGUGAAAGACCCUGACAAGUCCCAAGGACAUGAGACUCAUGGUCACAGAUCAACAACCUUACAAGGACAUGGAGAGGGGGAGCAUGUAUCCAGAAAUGUUGAGAGGACAGACCCUAUCAGGUCUCAUGGAAAUGCACAUGAGACUCAUGGUCACAGAUCAGAGCAUGGAGAGGAAAGGCAUAUCCAAGCUGCACAUAAUUCAGAAGAACAUGUCCACAAAUCCACAACUUCAUCUGAACACAAGCUGGAAAGUGGAGGCCACGGGGAAACUGAGAGGACAGUCUCCCAUGUUUUUGAGGAACACACACACAGUACUCAUGGCCACAAAACAACAAUGCCAUCAGGGCACGGGGAGGAUGGCCACAGCCACAGAAAGGCUGAAAAUGGAGAGCACAUUGUCGCUGAAAACCAUGAGAGAGGAAGAGGUGGUCACUGGACUGCAAGACACGGUACUUGGAAAGAAGACGAAGGGGAAAGAGAAAAAGGGAAAAAGAAAGGGCUUCUGAAACUCUUGAUCUCAGGAGAGCCCCAAGUCAAACAGUUACUCGGGAUCAUAUACGACAAUUUUAAAGACUGUGAGUGCUACGGCCACUCCAACCGCUGCAGCUACAUCGACUACCUGAACAUCGUCACUUGUGUCAGCUGCAAGCACAACACCAGAGGCCAGAACUGCCAACACUGCAGACUGGGAUACUUCCGCAACGCCUCUGCCGAGCUGGAUGAUGAGAACGUCUGCAUUGAGUGUAACUGCAACCAGCUAGGCUCUGUUCAUGACCGGUGUAAUGGCACUGGUUUUUGCCAGUGCAGAGACGGAGCCACGGGGGCCAAAUGUGACGACUGCCUGCCAGGAUACUAUUGGAAACAAGGCUGUUACCCUAACAUUUGCGACGAAGAGAUGCUGCUGUGCCAGAACGGAGGAACGUGUUACAUGAACCAGAAGUGCAUCUGUCCUCCAGAGUUUAAAGGGGUAUUGUGCCAACAGUCCCGCUGCGAGGCGGGCAAGGACUGCAACAGCGCUUCUUCGCCGCACCUAUCCACAGCUACCCUGCUGCUCUGCACUCUAAGCUACCUGCUGGCCACGUUAUCACACCACUGAGCCAUGAAAAGCCGACCCCUCCUACCCAACCUUCAGACACUGCGAGUGUGUGCUUAUGAGUGUGUAUGAUACACACAAAGGGGAUCGACCCAGAACAUGAGAGGAGGGCCUGUCGAGUCAUGGACCCCACAACAGCACUCAAACAAGCACACACUCUCACCAAACACUACCUAAGCUCUCGCAAGCACACGUAAACACACCUCACAGGACUGUUAUGACACCGAGAGAGUGCUCAAGUGUGAGAAGGACAUCCAGA